AGAAUCGAUGAAAAGUCAACGAUUUGUCGAUGAUAUACGUUUCUGCUUACGUUUCAUGGAAAACACUUUCUAGUUCUACAAGGGAAAUCUCUCUCUCGGAUCACAUAUCUAUCUCCAAUAAUCUUCUUAUUUUUGGAGUAGCCAAACUGCAGCAAUCUUUUAAUCAAGUUACUUAUUGUGUUGAUCGACUUUAACCUCGCAAAAAAGAAAUGAGUACAGGGGAGCUUCUCAACGUCGAGCCUGUGGAGCUCAAAUUCCCUUUCGAACUGAAGAAACAGAUAUCUUGCUCCAUUCAGUUGUCGAAUAAGACAGAGAAUCAUGUAGCUUUCAAGGUGAAGACUACGAAUCCGAAGAAAUACUGUGUUCGUCCGAAUAGUGGAGUUGUCUUGCCUCGAUCAACCUGUGACGUUACAGUAACGAUGCAAGCUCAGAAGGAAGCCCCUGUUGACUUGCAAUGUAAGGAUAAGUUUCUCCUUCAGAGUGUAGUUGCAGGUCCAGGAGCAACCACAAAGGAUGUUACCCCUGAAAUGUUCAGUAAGGAGGCAGGACAUGCUGUUGAAGAGUGGAAAUUGAGAGUUAUUUAUCUUCCUCCACCCCAACGACCUUCACCAGUUCCAGAAGAAGAAGCAGAGGAAGGAUCUUCACCAAAAGCUACAAUAUCCGAUAAUGGGAAUUCUUCUAGUGAGAUGAAAUCUCUUAUUUCAAAGUUGACAGAUGAGAAAGAUGCUGCUAUCAAACAAAGUAACAGAAUCCGUCAAGAAAUGGAACUAUUGAGGCGUGGAGGCAACAAAACUCAAGCUGAUCGUUUCUCGUUCAUCUUUGUUAUUGUGGUGGGGUUGAUCGGUCUACUUUUGGGCUACAUCAUCAAGAAAUUAAUCCAUACCAUGCAUACGCCUUUGGAAUGCGCUGGUAACCAGUUUUCUUCUCACAACAAUAGUUCGGAUGGAAUCGAUUAA